AAACAUAACCAAGGGUUUUUUCUACGAAUUGAAGCAAGGGCAUCGAGUCUGCCAUGAAUAUGGAUGAGGUUCAAUUGAAUGAUCAGCUGGGAUGCGAGGGUUUUGAUACUCAAGUUUCAGAAGAGAAGAGAGGUGCAAGUCCAGCGCAAGAUGGUCGAGAUACUAAAAAAAUCAAAUUGGAAACUGAGAGCCAAGCGGAGCACAAGAUUUUGCCUAGUUUCGUAAUUCCCAUUAUGACACAGUUAAAAGCCCCACUCACGAGAGAACAGCUUAGGUAUUUGGCUGGAGAUUUGGACAAGGAGGACGACGGCACCACAUUCUAUGGAGAAAGCUUUGUCUAUGACACGUCCGGUGGUGGUCCUCGUGAUAUGACAGGCGCAGAGCAAGCGUUGAUAGAGGCGGGAUACAAAAAGGGCACUGAUGCAUAUAUGGUUCGAUAUAAAACGGUAAAAUAAGAUGUAUCUGUUGUCAAUUAUUUUGUUUUUUUUUUGUUCUAAUUUUACAAAUAUAGAAAUGUCGUUUUGGUUCUAAUUUUACAAACACCAUGGAGUUCUUUGUAAUCAAGGUAAAAAUGAGUAUCAUUUUGUAGAUCUUAAGUCUGGAACUCCCCUAUCCUUUCGACUGAAUUGCCAUUAGAGAAGCAAAAACAAAAGUUCUGGAUUUAUUUGUUGAAAUUACAGAGCCACCCUUCAAGGUUGAUUUUGUCUUGCAUUACAAGGAGUGGUGGGAAAAUAAAAUUUCUAUAAAAUGGUAAGUGCAUCUUUGGACUGCUUCCUGAUAUGAGGGGGGCAAUGUAAGAGGAAAAUCAUGCUUGAAGGAUAUUUGAGACCAUUAGCAUCUUAGCAUGAUCCAAGGCUUGAGACCGAAAACAGAUACACUACAAUCUUGUGGAAAUAAGAUCAUCCUAGUAUAUUAGUACCUUAGAAACUCACUAAUAAUAAGAAUAUUAUUGUCAAAUCUUAUAGCCUCGAGAGCAUGCUUGGAUACAAAUUCA